GAUAUUUAAUAUAUAUAAAGUAUCAAGGUAUCAGUUUAUCAGUGUAGUAUGUCUGUGUCUGUGUGACUGUAUGUCUAUUAUUACAUGCUUAAUAGUGUUUUUAUUAUUUUUAUAUUAAAUUAUAUUUCAUUAAUAAAAUAAAAAAGUAACAAUGGCAGAAUUUGUGGAAAAACGAUGCGAGGAUAUGAUUCCCGAAUUAGAACAAAUGGAAAGAAUUAAAAUUUUUGAUAAAAAUGAAAUUCGAGGAAUCGCAAAAAAACUUAAAGAAUAUGAAUAUAAAAUUCAGCGACAUAUGAAAACUAAAGAAGAUUAUCUAAGAUAUAUACAAUAUGAAAUGGAUCUACUUAAAUUAAUUAAACAACGCAGAGAUAAACUUGGUAUUAUGCAAAAGAAAUCAGAUAUUGAUUAUACAAUUAUAAAUAAAAUAAAUCAUUUGUAUAAAGAUGCAAUAUUUAGAUUUCAAGAUGAUAUUCGUUUUUGGAUUGCUUACAUAAAAUUUUGUAAGCAUGUUCAUUUUCACAACAAUGUUAGUCACAUGUUAGGUAGAAUGUUACAAGUUCAUCAAGAUAAACCUAAAUGUUGGCAUAUCGCAGCACGUUGGGAAUUAGAAGAAAAUAAAAAUAAACAAAUUGCACGUCAAUUUCUUCUUCGUGGUUUGCAUAUACAUCCAACUUCUCAAUUAUUAUUUAUUGAUGCUUUCAAAUUAGAAUUAGAUGAGGUAUUAGUUAAUGAUCAGAAAAAUGAAAAUAGUGGUGACAAUACAGUACAAACUGAGACUGAUGAUGAUAUGAGUAUUGGAUUAAAAAGAGCUUAUAUCAUUUACCAACAAGCAUCAAAACGAAUUAAAGAUAUUAGAUUUAUAAUAGAACUAUUAAAUAUUGCAAAAAAUCAUAAUAAUACAGAAAAAUUACAAAACAAAAUUCUUAGUGAUAUGAUACAAGAGUAUACUCAUGAACCUCUAAUGUGGGAUACAAUGGCCCGACGAGAAUUAGAAGGACUUCUUCAACCUUCUGUUAGUAAUAAUACAACAAUGAAAAUUGAUUCAGAAAAAACAUCAUUAAGAGAUCGUAUAACAUCUUGUAAUAAAGUUUAUCAAACAGUAGUUAAGAAAAUUAAAACUGAAGAAAUGUGGUCUUUAUACAUAGAAUGUUUAAUAGAAAUUAAUCAAAAACCUGGAGCUUUACCAAAUUUUAAAAGAAAAUUAUUAAAAACUGCUUUAUCACAAGCACAUCAAGUAAAAAAAUUAAAAGAAAAAUAUUAUUUGUAUUGGAUCAAUAUGUUAAGUAUUGAAGAUAAAGAUGAAACAACCAAAAAUAAAUUAAAAGAAAUUCUAAACACAGCAACUGAAACUAUAUCAAACAGUAUAAGUCUUUGGCAUGCCAGAUUAAGAUAUUUAUUUGCUAUUGGAGAAGAAAAAGAAGCUGAAUCUGUAUUUUUGAAGGCAAUACAGAUACUUGCAGAAAAAUCAUUACCUCUAUGGAAAAUAAAAAUAUUACAUAUACAAGCAAAAUUUCCUGAAAAAACUGAACAAGUUUUUCAAGCAGCUUUACAAGCACAUCCAAGUAUUGCUCAAGAAAUAAAACCUACUUACAUUGAAUGGCUAGUUCUAACAAAAAGUAUACAAGAAGCACGAAAAAUAUAUGAUAAUCUUUGUUUACAACCUCCUUUUUCUCUUGAAUUGCACAAAAAAAUGAUAGAAUUAGAACUUAUGCAACCUGAAAUAUCAUUAAAACAUAUAAGAAAAUAUUAUGAAAUGUCAACAUUACAAUUUGGCAAAAAUAAUACAAAUGUUUGGAUAAAUUAUAUUACAUUUGAAAUGAAACAUGGUGAUCCAAAGAAAGUUGGAGAAUUACAUGAAAGAGCAGUAAAAACUUUAGAACCAAUAUUGACAGAUUUAUUUAUUUCAGAAUACAGUUUAAUUAAAGCCAAUCCAGAUGCUAUUAAAAAUGAUAUACAAACAUUGCAUACAUAAAUAGUAAAGUGUGUGCAGUGGAAAUAUUAAAUAAUAUAAUAAUAAAUAGAUAUUUUAUGUAUCUGAUAAAUAUUCUUUUUAAAUUUA